AUGUUCUGUCAUUGUUGCACUUCCGAUGACAAGGAGAGCCAGCUUGAAUUGGCUCCGGAGCUGAAGACGACAUCGAAGUCCUAUGGCACGCUCGUGGACGAAGUGCAGGAUGAAUCCAGUCGUUUCGUCGCAUUGCUGAAGGGCGGAAUGGGCUCAUUUGGCUUGUCCGUGGACAGAUCAAAUUCGGCCUGUGUGAUUGUCAGGGAUGUCACCGGCGGUGCUGCAGCGACCUGGAACGAGUCCAACCCAAAGCAGCAGAUCAAGCCUUUCGAUCAAAUCUUGGAGGUGAAUGGCGAGCCUUGCACGGGAGAGGACAUUUCCAGCAAGCUGGAGGACAAAGACGUCCAGGACACACAAUUGACACUGAAGCGCCCUGAAGAAAGAACAGUCGUGCUACAGAAGCCAGGCCGCCUGGGUAUUGACGUGAACUACCGCAAGACGUCGGCAAAGCCGUGGAUUGCGUCCGUGGGCAGCGGUCUCGUGGCUGAUUGGAACAGGAACAGGCCCGACAUGGCGAUUCUAGCCAAUGACCGCAUCGUGACUGUAAAUGGGCACUCUGGAGCUACCGAUAUUCUGUUGGAGAAGCUCCGAAGUGCAGAUGACACCAUGGUUUUGACCGUCAUGCACUACGACACGUAA